AUGGCCUCGCCCACCGCUUCUGUCGCCACCCCUACACACGGCUCUGCACCGCGCCGACCACCGCGCAAGAGCACCCUCACACAGCAGCAGAAGAAUCAGAAGCGCCAGCGGGCGACACAGGACCAGCUGGUAACGCUCGAGGUCGAAUUCAACAAAAACCCCACUCCCACCGCGGCCACAAGGGAAAGGAUAGCCCAGGAAAUCAACAUGACGGAGCGCUCUGUGCAGAUCUGGUUCCAGAACAGACGUGCGAAAAUAAAGAACAUCGCGAAAAAGAGCAUUGAAGACGGAGGCGAUUGCAAUGACAUCCCAGAGUCAAUGCGUCGGUAUCUCGCACUCCAGGCCAUGGAGUCGGGCAAGUCCAUUGGGACGAGCUUCCUUGGCCGCGCUGGUGGAUCAAUGGCCCCGUAUGGGAGCGGCAUGCUGCUCAAUACGGAUACCAGCUCUUCCAAAGUUGUCAUCCACCACUUCGCAUGUCGCUCUUUGAGCAUUGGCUCCUGGCGCCGUGUGGGCCAGAGUGCGAUGGAUCUCGUGAUCUUCUACUCGCCUGAGAAGUGCUGCGUCACCUAUUACAUCAACAAUGACUCAGCAGGCUACAAGAUCGAGUACCCCUUCUCGUACAUUAAGAACAUCACGCUGGAGAAUGGAGACAUGAACGGUAACGCUGAAGGUGCCUCGCAGCGACCAGGAGGCCUCAUUGUCGAGCUUAAUCGUCCCCCGAACUUCUUCAUGGAUUCAUCUGGCUCUGGAGGCUUCUUCCAGUGUGGUGACUUCACCGAAGAGCAACAAGCAUCGACAAUGAUGGUGCAUCACCUUGGCGGCCACCCGAAGGUCUUGAGUGGGCAGCUCGCGAAGUUGGUUUCAUUGGAGUCGUUCCAGAACCGACAUAACAUCUACGACCACAAUGCUCUCGCCGUGUCCGCACCUGUCUCACCGAUUAACCACCGCCCUGCGUCGCAGCCUAACCAUAUGCAACAUCCUCAUCUAGGUCAUGGCUUCCACGAUUCACCUUUUGCACCUGGUGGCUUCCAAGCGCGUGGCCACAAGCGACAGCGUAGUCGUUCCGUGCCUGUUGCGGUUGACUUCUCGCUUCUGCGCAACCCGAUGCCUUCAUUCCUUAUCCAGCCGGAGCCCUCACCGUAUACGCCUAAUCCUGAGAUCUUUGCGCCUGUACCUCAGAGCGCAUCAGGGCCCAUUGGGCCCAACCUGAGCAUUGAUACAUCGGCUGGAUAUGGUAUGGAGUACCGCCAAUACCCUAUGUCUGCUACCACUGCCAACUCGCCGUCCGAGUUUGGCACACCGGCCUUUUUCACUUCAGGCCCGCGGACUGAGAACGUACCGGCAUCGACAUUCGGUCAGCAGUACAACAUUCCCCCCUACUUGCACACUCCUAUGGGCCCGCCGCCUCACUCAGCUGCGUCAACAUCUCCCAUGCCAACAAUGUCCCACCAGGACCCGAUCAUUGCCAAUCAGUCCCCGCCGCUGAGCUCGUUUGGCCGCUCCAGCUCAGCAGAUGUGUACCCAAUGUCUCACGAGAACGGCAUGUCAGAGGAAGCUCUUCAAAUGACUGACAUGUAUGCAAAGCAAACAUUGAAUCUUCCGUUCCGAUCUCCGUUAAUGGAAGAGCACGGUGACGACUUCGAUAUGCAGAAUCUGGUUUCUUUUGGCACAAUAGAUCCAGCCAGCUUAUCGCCCGAGAAUCACCAUAUGUAA